GAGAGAGAGGGAGGGGGGGAGAGAGAGAGAGAGGUGGUUGUGGGUUGGGAUAUAAAGAAGAAGUCAUGUUCUGGAGGAGGGGAAGCGAAAAAGAGAACAAAGAACAGAAUGGUGUGCUGCCGAGCGGGCAGGUUCGGGUUCUUGUUGUGGGUGAUGCAGGUGUUGGAAAAACUUCUCUUGUUCAUCUUAUUACAAAAGGUUCUUCAUGUGCACGUCCUCCUCAAACAAUUGGCUGUAAUGUUGGGGUUAAACAUACUACUCAUGGAAGUUCUAGUAGCUCUUCAAAUAGCAUUAAAGGUGACACUGAGAGAGACUUUUUUGUUGAACUUUGGGAUGUGUCAGGACACGAGCGAUACAAAGACUGUCGGUCCCUUUUUUAUUCCCAAAUCAAUGGUGUAAUUUUUGUUUAUGAUCUCUCUCAGAGAAGGACAAAAUCAAGUCUGCAGAGUUGGGCUGUUGAGAUUGCAGCAAAUGGAACAUUUUCAGCUCCACUAAGAUCUGGAGGUCCAGGUGGCCUUCCUGUCCCAUACCUUGUAAUUGGUAACAAAGCAGAUAUUGCUGCAAAAGAAGGUACAAGAGGAAGCAGUGGCAAUCUUGUUGACGUAGCUCGACAAUGGGUAGAGAAGCAGGGUUUGCUUUCAUCAAGUGAUGAACUUCCGCUAACUGAGAGUUUUCCUGGUGGUGGAGGCCUUAUAGCGGCUGCAAAGGAAGCACGAUAUGACAAGGAAGCCGUGAUGAAGUUUUUCCGUAUGUUGAUCCGGAGGAGAUACUUUGCAGAUGAACUUCCAGCGGCAAGUCCAUGGGCUAUCCCUGUAAACAAUUCAUCACAGUCUGGUGAAAUAAUGAGUGACGAGGAUCGAUUAUACAAAAGUACAAGCAGCCUGGUAGAUGAGUCUUACAAGUACAAUGCACUCCCACCACUUCCAGCACAGCGAAAUCUGACACCUCCGCCUACGCUUUAUCCUCAGCAGCCCAUGUCAACUCCCGACACCAAGUACACAACCAUCCCAAGAUAUGCAAUCACAAGUAGCAACGAGUAUAGCAUCGCUGCCAGAUCUAAGCGUACAGAUAUUAAUGUCUGAUCACAGCUCUCUGUUGAAGGAAGUAAACCAAUUUGAGCUUUUACAAACAAUAUGUAUUAUGUAGGUGAUUCCUUGGUUGUUGAGUUUAUGAUGUGUACUUAAGUCUCACACAAAAUGACCCAGAUGUGAAAACUAAACCCAAUCGAAUAUAUGAACAAAAAUCAAGAUUGUAUAGUGGAUUUAGUUGAUUCCUCUGUAUUCUUUGGCAGAAUGAUCCUAUUUGUUUUGCAUAA